AUGGGUGACAGUGGUGUUACAGCACGACACAAAACCAUACCGGAUGACAAGGUAAGCUGCUUGAACCCAUUUUAUCUCUAAAGGUAAUGGUUUUCAAACCUUCGAGGUUUGGUCAAAGUACUACGUUUUAAGUUAAAACUAAUACCCAUGUGUUUAAAUCAGGAUGAAAAAGUGGUACUACAUUACAAGAGUUUCCUUCGCUGUGAACUUUUUAGUGCGGUUGCGGCAGUCGCGCAACCGAAUAAGUCCACUCCUUUUGUGCUCCAGGAGUCAAAAAUUGAUGCAUUAAAGGUAGAGUUUAGAUUCUGGGUUGGAACGCUUUUUUCAUAAACCUGGAAGGUUUUUUGAUGACAUAACUUUGUUUUAAACAAUCUCGAAAAGAUGCCUUCUCGCCACUGGUGCGUGAAAUGCAGUUGUCGUGAGUGCGAAGUUGUAAAUUUUUGGAACCCCUUUUUUGGACCCUAAAGCCAGCGAUUUUGAAAUGAAAUUUAAAGAGAUUGUCUUGAAAGUAAACUCUUUCCUCGAAGAUGAGAAAAUAUACAACAUGGCGAUCAAAUAGAUGGGGAAGUGGUAUAAUAUCUUUCGUCGAAAACAAUAAAUAUUCGCACUUUUCAUGGGAUAGAUCCAAGAUCAAGUUAGCCCUAAAAGCUUAAAUCUGUAAUUGUUCUGUUUCGUUAGUUUUGAGAGGAAGUCGUGUUGUGGAGCGUGGUUUUAUUGGUAGACUUCUUUACCAUAUUAAUUUUCAACAAUCUCACGAAGAUCACCAACAGCGCGCAACAAAAAAUUGUUUGAGAGGUGAUCCGUUGACAACUCAAGAAUUAAAAGUCUGUCUGUAAAUUUAAUGUCACUUGAACGUUAAUGUAGCACCAUUUUCCCCAAAAAGCGAUGGCUGUUAUUUUGCCCAAAACCAGCCUCUGAAUAAACGUUUUUAGGUUUGCAGAUUAUGAUUCACCAUGGUUUCCUAAACAAUGAAUAGUUAGCCACUUAGUAAACAAUAAUAGAAAAUGCUGUGGACCAGACGGUCUUGAUGAUGAAUUUUUAUGCAGAAGUAGAAAGCAGUGUUCACCUGAGCAAUUUUCUCUGAAAAAAGGAAAGUUACUUAAAGUGUUGUGCAUGAGAUUUCCUCUAGAAAUUUGUCCCAGGUAAUUUAGUAUUGCAAUACCCACAACAAGUAAAAAAAAAUAAAACUUCAAUUCUUUGCAGUAUAUUUUAUGAAAAUAGGUUGCUUUAAUCAGCAUAUGCAUUGCUGAUUCUUACACACUUUUAUGAUUUCACUGAGUGCGUCGUGACAAAAUCCAGCGUGUUUGAUGCCAGCAGUUUCAGGAUCACAAAUCAGUAAUCAUGGCUAUCAAUUCCAAAUGACCUUGUUACCUUGUGCAUCAUCUUUGAGCAUUUAAGACUGAUAACUUUCAUAGCCAUAAUAAAAUGCUUGUAAAAAGUCCACUUAUUGUUGUCUUUAGCAUCAUUAGAUGACUUCAAAAAAAAUCACAGCACUUAUUUUUUAAUUCUUUAGCAGUUUCAGUCCUAGAGCAAGUUAUGGAAAGAUUAUUUCAAUUCAACUCUGCCCUUGAAAUCUAUGGUGUUACCAUUCAAAUGACACUUCUUCAGCAGAACUUUUUCACAGUGCUAUUUACUUCUAGGGAUACUACAAAGUGAAGUUUGGAUUUUUUGUGAAUAAUAAUUUUUUUUCUGUGGACUUUAUUAGGAGUAAAAUGUUUAAUGCCAUGUAAGCCUGAGCUAUAUCAUUAAAAAGAAUAGCUGCUCAACAAAAGAAAAAAAGCUUAUUCUUAGGAUGAACUUUUCUUGAAUAACUGUUAAUUUUAAUCUUGGGUGGACCGCAUGCAAAGAAAGUAUUGUCCAAUAGCCCAUGGCUAGUGGAUUUUACUAUGGGGCUAGUGAAUUCUGUUUUUAACUUGCCCGACGGGCAAGUGAUGGUUUUUGAGGAAUUCGAAUAACAGAAGAACUGUGAAAUCAAUUCUGCUCAUCAAAAAGCUUUUGGGGCUAGUUGAAAUGACGUCUGGGCUAGUAAAUGCUAGCUUCAGCUUGCCCGAAUAGCAAGCUUUAAAAAUGAUUUUCUUUGUACCCUGGUUGAGUACAUGAGUAAUAGUUAGGCCUAAAAAAACGUAAAUUCCUGGAUGCCCUUUGGACAGGCAGCUGUCACAUCUUACAUGCCCAGGACCAUUGCUUGCUUGCUUGUCUUAAUUUAUGAUUUAGAUACAACAUGACUUGCCUGGACAGGAGGGGACGAUUUUCAAGCCCUGAGUCAGAGUAAUAGGUUUUCACACCUCCCCAAAAGAAAAAGAAUACAAGGGUACCAAUGCUGAAAACACUGGAAACAGAAAAAAAAAGACUGGAAACAGAAUUACAUGUGGAAACCUAAAAAGCCCCUUGAAGAGUUUAUUUAAAAUGAGGUUGAAUAAACAUUUAUUUAACAGAGUUAACAACAAGGAGCGCAAGCGUGGCCAGUGGUCGGUUGUUUGGCUCAAGCGCGGUCAUCCUUGCUUGCAUCACCUCCAUGUGCUCAGUACAGUGUUUUCUUGGCGGCCAUUCUCUUCGUUUAGCCUUUGGAUCAUUCUUUUACCCUCAUCCCUCCCCUCCUUAAUUCUUCCACUGUUAAUCUGUGUGACGGGUGCGCUGGUUCCAUUGGCGUGGGGGCUCGUGGCUGGAGGGCGCGGGUUUGCCAGCCAUGGGGGCGUAACUCUGUCUAGGCGUUGGCCGUGCCAUAGGUGGAAGCCCCUGGACAUCCCGGGCACCCACCUCCACUCAGUGACGCAGUUGUUGACCAAGUGUUUUGCAAUUUACAGAGAUAACUAAAAACCACUUAACCCCUUGCCUACCAAAGGACUGAUGUACACAUCCUGUGUGAGGUCAUUCAGCAUUCCAGGAGGUAUAUAUAGGUCUUUAGACAAAUGAAAUCACCAAAAGUCCAGUCGUUUGAGUUGCCUGGAUAAAUGAACUCCCAUAGCUGAGAAAGGUCUGGCCAGUUGCUGGGUGUAUUUGGCUCUGGUAGGCAAGGGAUUAAGACACUGAAACAAAAAUCCUCAAAAUCAAUAAAUUUCAAGUAAACUCAAACUGCUUUCAAAAAAGGAUUGAACUCCAAAACAGAAAACCACAAUGCUGCAUCCUUCACCCCCCAAAAAAGAAAUUCCUUCUUAUCAGCACUACUCUUGAAUUGACCAAAACUUUCUAAAAAUACUUGGCCUUAUGUAUUUACUCUCAUAUAAAGAACUAGCAUUUAAUGUGUCAGCUGUUCAAUGUUCUGUGGGACUUCGCUGAUAAGACGUUAAUAUGUUUGCGACUUCAUAGCCACAAUCUAAUGUUGGCACUUAAAAUUAGCGCUGAAUUUUUAGAAUUAUUCUCCUAGUUACCUCUGAGGAAAUAAUAAACAUUGUCCAUGUUUUCCAGGCUAUAAUCAUCAUUCUGUUCCUCAAUUUUUUUUUUUUCAGAUAUGUCUGCGAUUAAUUCUGGUCUCUGGCAAGACACAUGAAUUUAUAUUUUCACCUAGUGACACAGUAUAUUAUAUAACACAACAUGUUUAUGAAAACUGGCCUGAAGGUACGUAGCUGAUUGUUUUCAUAAGUGAGUUUUGCAGUAAUGUGCAGAAUACACAACUCUAGUGCUUGGACAAGCCAGUGCAAUUGAAAAACAUGACAUAGAAAGGGUUUCUGGCACAAGCCUACAUUUCCCCUUUUGGAAGGGUCACAUGUGUCACCAGAUCAUUGUUUUGGCCAGACAAAACAGAAAAGUUGUCAGACACACGUUAUGUUGACUUUUAAUUUCUUUAAUUACUUUGUUAAUGCACAUUAACUAUAAAAUUUUAUUUUUUUCUGAAUGGCCAUUGUUCAGAGCUUAAGCAGCUGAUGUUUAAAUGUUUUCCUUUUAAAUCAAGAUUUUCUACAUUGUAAAGGGCUAACUCUGCAUAUGGCUGCUUUUGAAUCACUAUAAUUUUAUUAAUGAAGAGAUUAAAUUUUUAUUUAUCUCUUCGUUUACAAAACCUGUUAUUUUUUAUUAGUUUAAUGGUUGAUCUUGUGUUCAGUGAGCAUAAAACUGAUCUGUUUGUGACUAUGAAGUAAAUAAUUUUAUUUGUUUUGUCUGCUUGUUUGUUUUUCCCUUAGAUUGGAAAGAUGAAGCAGUUAGUUCCCAUAAUAUACUAAAACUUAUCUACCAUGGUCGGUUUCUACAUGGCAAUGUUUCUUUAGCAGGCAAGUGUUUUUAUAAGCUAUUCAUAGUUAUGGAUUCUCAUGAACUGAACAUUGACUGCAAGUUACUUUGUUCUUAGCUCUCCAUUUAGAGACUGGCAAGCGAAGUGUAAUGCAUCUUGUAGCGAGAGAAAACUUACCAGAACCCGCCACUCAAGGUAGGAACAAAAGCACAUUUAAAGUCUCAGGGGUUUCAAUAAUCACUGUUGGCUGGCAAAAACCAUUGGCUGCUUCACUUAGAGAAGUCAGCUUCUCUCUUCCAUAAGUUGAAGUGAUUAUCUCAAACUUUGAGGAUACAGUUGGUAACUCUAGUCAAACCAGUUGCCUACUUGAGAUUAUUUUUAUUGAAACAGGGCUAACACUUAAGAUGUUAAGUUGCUGGGUAAAUGCAAUUAGUUGGUGGAGAAUGAUAUUGUACAGCUAGGAAGUUCUUUUGGUUCUAUUUUCCCCCUGUUUCCUACAAAAUUAAUGGGGGUUAUGCUCAUAGUAGCCAGGGAAAAUCCCUUCCCCCCAACCCUUGCCCUUAGUGGCAGCCCUGUUGAUGCCUUUGAUUAACCUAGAUCAGGUCUCUAUCAAUGACUCCAUGUGUUGUGGGGUAUCUUUAAGUUAGGUUUCACAUAAAUAAAAUAGUUCCUAAUGCUACAUUUUCUCUUGCCAAUUAACAGGUCAAAGAAAUCGAGAGAAAAUUAAUGAACAAAGUUGCUGCUGUAGUAUUGUUUGACGUGAGGGUCAAAAGUCCAUGAAGAUGCAAAGAAGAGACUAAUGCAAAACAUGUUUUUAAAUUUAAACAUAUUAAAUUUAAUUGUUAAAAUAAUUUAACAACCCUUUAUGCACAUGUGUACAAUAAUUUCUCUUUAUAUAGACAGUAAAGUAGAGAGUUCUCAUUGCCUCUUAAGAGUUAAGGAUUGGACCUCACUCCAAACUGCCAAGUGUGCACAAAACAAGUCCAGAUGUUAGAGGUCAAACUUCAGAGUUGUCUAACUUUAAAUCAUUUGAACGCGUAGUUAUUUGAUUAUUUGUCACUCUAACUUCUGAAUCUGUGGACGAAAUCCUAUGGUGUUACCAUUCAAAUGUAAUCUCUUUGGCAGAAAGUUUGCAUAGUGCAAUUUUUUUGAUAGGAUUUAGAAAUUAUUUGAAAUUUUUUUGUGAAAUUUCCUUUAACCACCAUUAUGCUUAAGAGUGAAAGGGAUAAAUGAAGGAACGUGCUCACCAUAGUGGUUAAAAAUAGUGUACUUGUAAAAGUGUAGACGUUUUCAUUGAAAUGUCAACAUUUGCAUUUCAAUAUUAUUAUUUCUGGAGUUGUAUGGCAAUACAUGAUACAAUGCGUUCCUUAUAUUUCAAAUUGUGCAAGUGCUCUCUCUCAAGAGACAUCACUGAAACAGUAUAGCAACAUGUUGUUGCUGGAAUAUCUCUGUUUCUCCUGUAAAAUUUAUUAAGAAUUUGUGCAGGAGUGGGCAUUAGUAGGGUAUCUAAAUCCAAUCUUAAGAAGAAAAGUGAAAAAUAAUGAAGAGCGCAAGGGGUGGGAUCUCAAACAAGAAAAACCUCCGUGGAGAGGGCAUUGACAGUUGUAGGAUGAAUGUGCUAAUUUGUUACUUAACCUUUUGAAAUCAUCAGCAUUAAUUAAAAGCGGUCCUGUUUACUUCCAGAAUGUUAUGAUUGUAGGCUAAAAAGUUGUUUUUACAUAGGGAGGCUUGAGUAUUUGACUAGUAUCAUUUCCUGUUGCCCUAGGACAUAUAAAGAGAACACGUAAAGGCGAGUGUGGAAGAAAAAUUACACAUCAUUUAUCCUUCCUAGCACCAUCCAUUACCCUUAUUACCUUCCCAAAAUUUUUACCACUUUUUUUAAAAAAAUAGCAAAUUAGUAGGCAUUGCACAUGAGUCUGGUGUAUUGCAAUAAUUCAAGUUGUACAGUAAUCCUUUUGUGAAUGAAGAGUUCGUUGCAUGAUAAAAGGAUAAUCAAAGUAUUAAGUCACGUAACCUCAAGUACAAUUAUAGCUUUCAUUGAUGACUAAAUGCUUUCAAAGUUCUCAAAUUUUGGCCAAUUCUGAGUUGUUUUUUUUAAGAGUUAGGUGAUAUUCUAACUUUCCACGUAAAUUUUCACUGAUGUUAUCACAAACCCGUAGAGAUGUUUUAAACUGGUUGAGUCAUAGAUUAUAAUCUGGCCCUGGUGAUUCAAACAUUGGAUAGCAAUAUCCAGUGGAGAAAUCACUAUGCACUGGAUAUUAGGGAAACCAACUGUGUUAUCUACUGGAUAGAGUAGAUAGCGUUGUCUACCUUUUGAAUAACUGGGGCUAAAACUGUAAAGUGAAACGUUUUCAAGAGUCAAGGCUGUUAUAAUUAUCUCCUCCAUCACAAACAGAUUUCCUCUGGUGGCUGUAUGCUUCUUUGGAAUUGAAAAGCUGGUUUUUUAUAUGCUGCCAUGAUCCUGAGAGUGACUUUUCUAAAAAAUUGUGCAGAAUCAUUCCUCUCUGGCUUUGCCUCAACCCAAGGAAGGGUUAAAAAUAAUCUUACACAACUAAAACUCUUGGCUAGAGAUAGACUGAUAGAUAAACGACAUUUAAAACUUUGUACUAUAAGUGUACUGAUGUUGUGGUAUACGAUUUGGAAGAGUCAGUGUUAUGUUAGUGUCCAGUGCAGCCAAUAUUUAGUGAGUUGUCCAAUCUGAGGAGGAGUGUCGUUUGACUAACUAAAUAACCAUUGUUUUGGAGACUCCUGUCACAAGUUGAUGGUGGCAUAUAGAAGCCAGGCUUCUUAAGACCUCAGAAAGUAUUCUUACGUAUACUCAAAAUUCAUGCAUUUGGUUAGACAUGAACAUGAAAUAUUUAAUAAUCACUAUCACCAUAACCUCUGUACCAUCUCAGACAUUUACUGAAUUGUGUACCAUUAAGUGGAAAUUCACCCCCGCCCCCCCUUCUGCAUACUGCGUCAACAUACUGGACUUUUCCUCUGAUUGGUGUCAAUAAUAAUUUAUUGUGUUUUUCAUUGUUUGUUGGAUUCUUAGAGCUCAACUAUCAUUAGUAAGUUAAAUUUAAAGGAGUAAAGUGCUAGUAGCACUACCUGCCAAAAGGAACAUGUAAUUGUGCAAGCACUUCACCAUUUGAGUGGUAAAAUAGAAUUUUUGAAACUUUUUGUUAAUUCUUGUUACCCAAAUGCCUCUCUAAAUGUGCAUGUGGUCAGAGGAUUACUUUGAAUAUCAAUAAUGUUUUAUUUUUGUGAGAACUGCUGUAGCAUAGAAACAUAAAAUAUUUUUUAAAUAGGCAUGUCUUGUUCAUAACUGUAAAGAAGACUACACAGUAAAUUAC